GCGCCAUGCUGCGCCUGGGGCUGUGCGCGGCCGCGCUGCUCUGCGUGUGCGGGCCCGGGGCCGUGCGCGCCGACUGCUGGCUCAUCGAGGGGGACAAGGGCUACGUGUGGCUGGCCAUCUGCAGCCAGAACCAGCCGCCCUACGAGACCAUCCCGCAGCACAUCAACAGCACGGUGCACGACCUGCGGCUCAACGAGAACAAGCUCAAGGCCGUGCUCUACUCCUCGCUCAACCGCUUCGGGAACCUCACCGACCUCAACCUGACCAAGAACGAGAUCUCCUACAUCGAGGACGGCGCCUUCCUGGGCCAGUCCAGCCUGCAGGUGCUGCAGCUGGGCUACAACCGGCUGAGCAACCUGACCGAGGGCAUGCUGCGCGGCAUGGGCCGCCUGCAGUUCCUCUUCGUGCAGCACAACCUCAUCGAGGUGGUGACGCCCACCGCCUUCUCCGAGUGCCCCAGCCUCAUCAGCAUCGACCUGUCCUCCAACCGCCUCAGCCGCCUGGACGGCGCCACCUUCGCCAGCCUGGCCAGCCUGAUGGUGUGUGAGCUGGCCGGCAACCCCUUCAACUGCGAGUGCGACCUCUUCGGCUUCCUCGCCUGGCUCGUCGUCUUCAACAACGUCACCAAGAACUAUGACCGGCUGCAGUGCGAGUCGCCCAGGGAGUUCGCGGGCUACCCGCUGCUCGUGCCCCGGCCCUACCACAGCCUCAACGCCAUCACCGUCCUGCAGGCCAAGUGCCGCAACGGCUCGCUGCCCGCCCGGCCCCAGAGCCACCCCACGCCCUACUCCACCGACGCCCAGAGGGAGCCCGACGAGAACUCGGGCUUCAACCCCGACGAGAUCCUCUCGGUGGAGCCGCCGGCCUCGUCCACCACAGACGCCUCCGCGGGGCCCGCCAUCAAGCUGCACCACGUCACCUUUACCUCGGCCACCCUGGUGGUCAUCAUCCCACACCCCUACAGCAAGAUGUACGUCCUGGUCCAGUACAACAGCAGCUACUUCUCGGACGUCAUGACGCUCAAGAACAAGAAGGAGAUCGUGACGCUGGACAAGCUGCGGGCGCACACCGAGUACACCUUCUGCGUGACCUCGCUGCGCAACAGCCGCCGCUUCAACCACACCUGCCUGACCUUCACCACGAGGGACCCGGUGCCCGGGGACCUGGCGCCCAGCACCUCCACCACCACCCACUACAUCAUGACCAUCCUGGGCUGCCUCUUCGGCAUGGUCAUCGUGCUGGGCGCCGUCUACUACUGCCUGCGCAGGCGGCGCCUGCAGGAGGAGAAGCAGAAGUCCGUCAACGUCAAGAAGACCAUCCUGGAGAUGCGCUACGGGGCCGACGUGGACGCCGGCUCCAUCGUCCACGCCGCCCAGAAGCUGGGCGAGCCCCCCGUGCUGCCCGUGGCCCGCAUGUCCUCCAUCCCCUCCAUGAUUGGAGAGAAGCUGCCUGCCUCCAAGGGACUGGAGGCCGGGCUGGACACACCCAAGGUGGCCACCAAAGGCAACUAUAUCGAGGUGCGCACAGGUGCAGGGGGGGACGGCCUGGCCCGGCCAGAGGAUGACCUCCCGGAGCUGGAAAACGGCCAGGGCUCGGCCGCCGAGAUCUCCACCAUCGCCAAGGAGGUGGACAAGGUCAACCAGAUCAUCAACAACUGCAUCGAUGCCCUCAAGCUGGACUCGGCCUCUUUCCUGGGGGCUGGCAGUGGUGGCGGGGACCCUGAGCUGGCCUUCGAGUGCCAGUCCCUCCCUCCAGCCGCCACCACCUCCACGGCCACCGCCCCUGGGGCGCUGGAGCGGCCCAGCUUCCUCUCUCCCCCCUACAAGGAGAGCUCCCACCACCCGCUGCAGCGCCAGCUCAGCGCCGACGCCGCGGUCACCCGCAAGACCUGCAGCGUGUCGUCCAGCGGCUCCAUCAAGAGCGCCAAAGUCUUCAGCCUGGACGUGCCCGACCACCCGGCCGCCCCGGGGCUGGCCAAGGGCGACUCCAAGUACAUCGAGAAGGGCAGCCCCCUCAACAGCCCACUGGACCGGCUCCCGCUGGUGCCCGCGGGCAGCAGCGGGGGCAGCGGCGGGGGCGGGGGCAUCCACCACCUGGAGGUGAAGCCCGCCUACCACUGCAGCGAGCACCGGCACAGCUUCCCCGCCCUCUACUACGAGGAGGGCGCCGACAGCCUGAGCCAGCGCGUGUCCUUCCUCAAGCCGCUGACCCGCUCCAAGCGCGACUCCACCUACUCCCAGCUGUCCCCCAGACACUACUACUCAGGGUACUCCUCCAGCCCCGAGUACUCGUCCGAGAGCACGCACAAGAUCUGGGAGCGCUUCCGGCCCUACAAGAAGCACCACCGCGAGGAGGUGUACAUGGCCGCCGGCCACGCCCUGCGCAAGAAGGUCCAGUUCGCCAAGGACGAGGACCUGCACGACAUCCUGGAUUACUGGAAGGGGGUCUCGGCCCAGCAGAAGCUGUGACCCUCUCCUCCCUGGUGAGGCUGCAGGGGGAGGGCCAGGGCGCUCCGGGGUAGGGCCCCGGGGGCCGGGCGGGCAGGGGCGGACGGCCCAGGCGGAGGAGUGGACGCACACGCACACCCGCACGCACGCACCACGCACACACCUGACCACCACCUGACUGUGAACCAACCAACACCGACAAUAACGGACAGGAAAACAAGACACAUUUUCCUUAAAGUUUACAAACUGAUACCGAAAUCAGUCGUCUUUACUGUGCUGCCCAGGGACGCUGCCGGGCGUGCGGGGCUGGGCCAGGGGCAGGCGAGGAGGCCAGAGGAGAGCGGGGGACGGGGGCCAGGCGCGGGACUGGGGGAGAGGAGACUGGGAAGACACGGACGGAGCCCCUCUGGGUCAGGGAGGGCGACCUCCCGAGCUCGGGGACAGGUCACUUAGAGGUAUGGCACUAGGUGGACAUGGGUGCCAUUUCCCUCCACUUCAUGGAUGGCCCAAGGAGCAAGGUGAUGACCCUGGGGUCAUGUGGCAGGUCAGACUCAGUCUCCCGGCUUCCUGGCCCAGGCCGUUCCCCCCAGCCACACCCCCAGGACCCCAGUCCACCAACACCCUUCCAAAGCUGUCACCGCCUGUGACCGAGGGGCUUGAGAACCAGGAAGGUGCUUUCCCUGUCCAGAAAGCCCACGGAAGUCC